UCUCAGUGCCAACAGAUCGAGCAAGAUCUUGUCUGAACCGCCCAUUCCAAGAUCAUUCCUGGCCAUUCCUUUCAACGAAUGUGAGCCCGCAGCCUGUGAAACCUUAUCUCUCUCGCUCGCUCCUCUGCACGAGGACACGUUGGCAUAUGAUGUGAGCGCGCCACGCCUCCGCACCGCCCUCCCCAUGCAGCAGGUUCCAGCGCCGCCGGUCGCCGCCGGUGCAACGCCGCCGCCACCGAGCAUCUCGCCGACCUCGCCAUCGCCGUCGUUAGCGUCAGCGAGAGCAACAAGGCGUCAGCUGCUGCUCGCGUCGUCGUCCGGCCUGCUCCUCGCCGCCGGCAGUGGUAGCGCGCGAGCUGCUGCCGGAGGAGGACGAGGAGAAGGGGGUCUGGUGGGGUACGAUGGGCCGGUGGUGACGGAGGCGGACCGGGCGGCGAGCGCGGCGGUGUCGCGGCGCGUCGGGGAGGCCGUGGGGCUGCUGGAGCUGGGGCGGGAGCUGCAGGCGCGCGGGGAGUUCCCGGAGGCCCUGGCGUCGUUCACGCGCGUGGUGGCGGAGUACGCGGACCUGGCGCUGUCGGAGUACGCGCGGGUGGGGCGGGCGCUGGUGCUUUACGAGAUCGGCGACCGCGACCAGUCCAUCGCCGAGAUGGAGGACGUCUCCAUCGCGCUCAAGGGAUACCCAGAGAUCCACGCGGCGCUGGCGGCGGCGCUGUACGCCGACAAGCACGCGGCGCUGCUGGCGGAGAACCAAUUCGCCAUUGCCACGCUGCUGGACCCGCACUACACGGACCUCGCCUACGUCAGGGACACCAAGCACUGGCCGCCCAGCCUCGUCGACUCCCUCCACGACUUCAUUACGCUAUCCUAGACUGUACUCCAGUCUUUAGCUAGCAGCGCUCUCGAUCGAUCACUGGGUCCCAAAAUGAUGAGAUCGAGUAGCUAUAUGCAUCCGAGUGUAGAAAAAACUCUAAACCCUAUAUAUAUAUAUAUAUAUAUAUAUAUAUAUAUCCUAAAAAUAAGUAUUAAAAGUUUUUUAAAAAUAUAACAUAUCUAUUGGCACGAUUCUUGUCAGUUAUGUAGAUUCAUUUUUUGUAUUCAUAAUAUUUGGUUGCUUGUGGUUAUACCUAAAAAUAAGUAGCUAUAGGAA